GAUUAAAUGGCCACGUGAUCAAUCUUCGUAGUGCAUUUCUUAUCAGACAAUCAAAAUGGCGACUGGAAAUUCGGGAAAUGCGGGAGAGGCUGAUGAAAUGAAUACCGAAAAUGACAAAGAUCCUUUUGAGUAUGGCCAUCUAGAGCCUUCCAAAGAGGUACGAAAUGUACAGCAUUUGAUCAAAUUAACAGAAGAUAAUCUCAAGGAAUUGAAUAGUCUGAAGAGGUCAGGACUCUCUCAUCCUCCAUCUAUAUUCUUUGAGGAAGUCGAAGAGCUCAGGGGAAAGCUGUGUCUACUGAAAGACAAGGAAAAAGAACUUUUGGACAAUGACAAUGGGUUUUCAGACAACAUGCCCUCAGUUUCUGAACCAGACACACCUGCAUCGUCAUCUGGUUCCCCUGUUGCUACAAGUCCACGAAGGGACUCGUCCAGUGAUACUGCAAUACCAUCAUCUCCCUUAAGGGCACACGUUCGUGCCUAUUUGCCAAACAACCAAAGAACAACGAUAAAAUGCAAGUCCGGGCAAACUGUGCUCGAUGCUUUUGUGAAAGCUUUGCAAAUUAGAGGUUUGACACCGGAGACUUGUGUUGCCUACAGAUAUUACUCGAAGGGACUUCCCAACGAGGAAAGAACAAUUGUGGAUUGGAAUGCAGAAAUUUCUAGUCUGAGUGGUGAAGAAAUCACUGUUGAAGUCAACGAGGAAGCUCCUGCGUCGACAACUAACAUUUCUCACAACUUUGUGAGGAAAACAUUCUUUACACUUGCAUUUUGUGAAGCAUGCAGAAAGCUGUUGUUUCAGGGAUUCAGAUGUCAGACUUGUGGAUAUCGUUUCCACCCUCGUUGUGCUCAUGAGGUUCCUUUGUUGUGUCAGCAAAGCGAAGAUCCACAUCUCUACAAAAAGUUGCUUGCAGUUGGUGGUGGUAUGUCCCAAGCGCAACCUUUGCUGACAGUUCGAAUGACACCCAACACACCCAGGGCAUUUGGCCAAAGAGAGAGAUCUAUUUCAGCACCGAAUGUGAACUUGAUAAGCACAGUUUCAGCGAAAAGCUCCCCUCGGGAGACCUUCAGGAACCUAAAGCCCGGAAGCUCGCACACCAUAUCAACCAACGAGUUUCGAAAAGUCCUUGGACAACCUCCAAAGCAGAGAAUCAACUCAGUUAGGGCUCAAGAUAUAUUCAGCCCAUACGGCAGCUUACCGAAUUCGCCGUCGGUAAACACAGCAGCAUUCGAUUAUGCCGGAAGUCAUCCGAAUCAACGAAGCCACUCGUCCAGUGGACCGAGUUCAUCUUCGAUUCAGCCUUCUAAGAAUCGCCAUCGAUCGAAGUCACAUUCUGACGAAUUCGGGCGAAAACAGCGAUCAGCCAGGAGGGAUUCCAAUGAUGACUGGGAAGUGCCUGAAGGAGAAGUACAAGUUGGUGCAAGGAUAGGCGCUGGCUCCUACGGAACUGUCUACAAAGGAUUUUGGCAUGGCACUGUGGCAGUAAAAAUGCUGAACGUCAAGGACCCAUCCCCGCAACAGCUGCAGGCGUUUAAGAACGAGGUGGCUGUUUUGCGGAAAACACGUCAUGUCAAUGUUCUGUUGUUUAUGGGCUGUAUGUGGAAGCCUUACUUGGCCAUCAUUACACAGUGGUGUGAAGGAUCUAGUCUUUACCGGCAUCUUCAUGUAGCAGAAACCAAGUUUGAGAUGCUUGACCUGAUUAACAUUUCAAGGCAAACUGCACAAGGAAUGGACUACCUUCAUGCCAAGUCAAUAAUUCAUCGAGACAUGAAAUCAAAUAAUAUCUUUCUUCAAGAAGAUUUAACUGUGAAAAUAGGUGAUUUUGGUCUAGCCACAGCGAAAACCCGUUGGAGUGGCACACCAGAGCAUGGCUGUGAACAGCCCUUUGGCUCGAUUCUUUGGAUGGCCCCUGAAGUCAUCAGAUUACAGGACAAAAACCCGUACACAUUUAUGUCAGAUGUUUAUGCAUUCGGUGUAGUGCUUUAUGAACUACUGACGUCAUCACUACCAUACACUAACAUUGGAAACAAGGACCAAAUCAUCUAUAUGGUUGGUAGAGGAUACCUUAGACCAGAUAUGAACAAAAUUCGCACUGACUGUCCAAAGUCAUUUAGGAGGCUUUUAACCGAUUGUAUCAAGUACAAGCGAGAAGAACGGCCAUUGUUUAGACCAAUCUUAGCAAAUAUUGAAUCAAUUAUGCGUGCCCUUCCGAAAAUCACUAGAUCAAUCUCCGAACCGACUCUUCACUUAGCAAAGCCAGGCAGUGACAUGGAUCUGAUCUAUCCAUGUCCUACGCCACGUACACCAAUUCAUAACCCUUUAGUUUUUAAUUUCUUCUCUCCGCCAGCCGUAGCGUAUUAGACUUACGUAGCAAUUAUUUCUCGCUUGAAUCGAUAGUUGUUAACUUUAAAGCGGAUUCGUUUUAUUUGAAACGAGGCAUUAGUAGGUAUGUAUUUAUUUUGAGUGGGCUUGAUUGAUGAAAUUUUUCAUCGGGCUCUACUGCAAAGCGAAAUCUUCUUCCAAAUCAGCCGUAUCUGGCUUUAAUCCAGACAAAGAGAAGCCUUGAGCUGAAUUCUUGCUUGACAUAGGCAAAGUCAAGGACUUAUAAAAUUCCGUAGGUCGUUGAGCAUUUUAGCAACGUAGAAGUAGGAGCCUAGGCCCGAGCUGAACCGUAUUAGCUGCCGUAUACGUCAUCCAAAGCUUUCGUGCGUUAUUCCCCAGACCAUAUCGUUAAAACUUGUUUCUUUUUUGAAGUAAAAAAUUUGCUCAGCAUCAAUGGAAAAGUCUGGAACAUUUUCCUUUAGCUCAUUUUACAAACAUUUGUAUGAGUUUGUUGAUUUUGAAGUCUUUAGAAAUCAAAGAUUAACUGCCCCUUUACAAUCUCGACUGUAUCGUUUGCAGAUGAUCUGAGAUCAAAUUUUUCAGAGGUAAACACACGCCCUCCUAUCUUAUAAUUUACUCACCAGACACUAAGUUUGCAUAAAUUUCGGUGAACUUCCAGCUAUACGGGAUUCAGCAAUACCCCUUCCCUGUGAAUAGUUAAAAUUCGGAAAACAGUAUGCAGAAUAUGAUUUUGUAGAUUUUGCGAGUCAUAAUCUAAGGCACGAUUUAGUUACUUUAGUAUACUGCUACACAAUGCUGUCUCAAAACACCCCCUCUCUCAAGCUGACUCAAUAACAUUUUCCUUUAUCUUUUCACCUUGACAACGUGGGUUAAGUAAAGAUUUGUGUAUGUGCCGAGAUUGCUUCGAGCCGGAAGCCACAGAUGCAUUACUAGACGAACAGAGACCAAAUUCGACUGCUUCUUAACGCGAUGAAUCCUGGAAAGAUUAAGUUUGAUGGCUGAUGGGCCAAAUAAAGGCAGGCUAUAUCACUGUUUACUCAUAGCUGUCGGACUGAUUCUGUAUUCCAUUCUGCAACGGACUAUAUUUGCAUUGUCAAUAGACUUGCCUUUCUGUCUUGCGUAAAAUGGCUGUGUUUGCUUUGUCUAGCAGAAACUACAGAACCCACCGCCCCCCCCCCAAAAAAAGGCCAAUUAGCCCUUUCCAAAUCAUUAUUUGCAGCAGCACCAGCUAAAAGCGACAAACAGGAUCAAAACUGAGCUUUUCCAUAAUUUUACGCCUUCUCUUUGGGGAAAAAUUGUAAAUAAUGAACUUAGAUUAAAUUCUUCAUGCAUAACAGUUGCUUAGUUCUCAAACUUAAGGCAUGUUAAAGACUGUGAGGUCUGCCAAUUGUACAAAAUUACUUUCAAGAUGUUUAAUGUGUUUAUCUUCAAAGAAAUGCUUGAAUUACAUUCCUAAAUAAGAAUUGUACAAAUUACGUUGAAUGUAUAAAAAUGCACCCAGA